CACUAUAUGUAAAACUGUCAUAAUAUUAUAAAACAAUUUAUCGAGUAAUUUAUAAAAACACUAGUGAGAGACUUCCCAGUAGACGAUCACCUCACGACGUCUUGACGUGUCACCGGGGGUAGUGAGGGAAGUUUUCUCUCUUCCAAAAUGUUGUAGCAUAAAAUUCAUUAAAUGCAGUUAAUCUUGACUUUAAUAUGAACAAUGUCCGUCCCGUAUGAUAGCCAAAAUGCAAUGGAAAAGACAUGGCACUGGUUUCCUUUUUAGCUUUGUUUUUGUCGCGUCGUAUUUCACAAAUAAGUUUGUUCUAUCUGUAUUGAAAUUCACAUAUCCAACACUCUUCCAAGGAUGGCAGACUCUUAUUGGUGCUGUGCUGCUGCUGCUCUGUGUGAAGCUGGGCUGGUUGGAAAUGAGCCAUAUAAACAGAUCUGCUGCUCUCUCCUGGCUUCCCGGUUCACUUCUGUUUGUGGGAAAUAUAUACGCCGGCUCCAGAGCGUUGUCAAGCAUGGACAUCCCCCUUUUCUUCACUCUCCAGAAUUCCUCUCAUGUUGUGAGUUACAUAAUCUCAAAGGUUGUCCACAGACAGAGAGACCAAUGGCUGAAGUUUAUCAGUAUUUGUCUCAUGUUUAUAUCAGCCAUUGAUCUUCCUACCAAUGAUCCUGGGUUUGACUUGACUGCUUAUCAGUGGGCUGUGGCUCAUCUUUUCUGUGUUGGUUCCUAUAGAGUUUUCAAAGUUAACAACAAAUCCAAUGGCUUGAGUGACAUUGAGCAACAGUGCAUUAACUAUUUGUUCAGCGUACUUCUGCUUGCAGUAGCAGCUCACCCAACAGGUGACCUUAUUGGUGCCCUUGACUUUCCUUUCCUGCAGUCCCACAAAUUUCAUGGUGGCUGCUGCCUCAGUGCCUUGAUGGGAUUCUUGUUGCUGCUCGUCUCAGUCAAAAUAAAGAGUGGACUUUCAACAGAGCAUCUUAAAGUCUGGGUGUUUGUGGCUAAGGUUACAGCCAUGUCCCUGUCUCCAUUCAUCUUUUACACAGACAUAAAUGCACAGUCCUUAGCUUGCGUUAUUACCAGUCACUGUGGAGAGGCCCUGCUGCUCUAUUCCGAAAGAGAUUCCAAGUCAUGAAACUUCUAGCUUCAUCAUAAAUUUUGCCUUAAGAGAUUUUUCUAAUCAAAGCUAUUUUUCUAAUAGAAUACUUUUUAUAAAAUACAGUAACUGUUUACUUAAAAUAAAGCUAUAUUGACAAAUGUUACUAA